AGAUGUCACACUUCAUACAAUUUUAAAAUGGCGGCUGUUGGUGUAAGACUUCGCAAGUUACGAAUGGUGUCUGCGAUUAUUUGUGUUCUAGGGCUUAUAUUAUCUUUUUAUGCCUAUUAUGUUGAAAUGGAAAAAGAGCACAACAAGAACUACAAAGCUCUUUGUGACAUUAGCGAUCAUAUGAGCUGUUCUACCGUGUUCACGUCCAAGUAUGGAAGAGGAUUUGGUCUGCUUAGUUAUAUUGUUGGGAGUGACUCACAGUUAAAUAUUCCAAACAGUCUUUUUGGUAUUGUAUUCUACAUACUCCAGAUGGCACUAGGUCAAAGUACUAACCCAUUCCUGACAAAAGUUGAGAUAUCCUCAGCUUUUGUUUCUAACCUAGGAUCCCUGUAUCUGGCUUAUAUCUUAUACUUCAUUCUGCAUGACUUCUGUGUACUGUGUGUUUCUACUUAUGUGGUCAAUGCACUGCUUCUUGCAUGUGCUUGUUACAAACUAGGAAAACUACAAGCAGUCAGACUAAAACAGGAGAAAAAAGAAGAGUGACCCCCCCACCCCCCAAAAAAAUCAUGUAAUUCAUUUUCGUGAAUAUAAGAUUCUGUGUGCUCAUGUAUAUGAAUGGUAACUUUAUUGUGAAAAUGUUUGUGAUUUAUUUUCUGUAAAAGCAUUCAUAUUGUAACAAAGUAUCAAUGUAUUUUCUUAUACACAAUAAAGUGAGAGCAUUCAAAAAAUAUGAGGCAGU